CGCGCCACCAGUACGUACUAGCCCAUUAUUAAGACUCGAGACCUGGUAUCCAUGUUGUCUCCUUCUCUUGUCUGUAUCUUAACCGCGUCGAAUUUGCUUCCCGCGAAACAUGGAUCCCGCAAAGGUUUUGGGUCAGCAAAUCAAGCUGCCGUAUAGCGGCAAGAUUGUGCCCAAUCGCUUCCUGAAGUCAGCGAUGACGGAGCGGCUAUGCACCUGGGACCCUGACCAUAGAGCAGAAUGCGGCAAACCCACGGAGGGCUACAUCAAUGCGUACAAGCGAUGGGGUGAAGGGUUGACUGGAGUGAUAGUGCUCGGGAAUAUUCCGGUGCACCGUGAUUACCUGGAGGCUGCGGGUAACGCCAUCAUUGACAAGAAUAACCCUUGGGAUGCUGUCGAAGCAUUUAAGCCUGCAGUUGCAGCUGCGAAGGCGCAUGGCUCCCUCUGUAUCGGUCAGUUGACUCACGCUGGUCGCCAAGCCCCCGAUACCGUUUGCGAACAACCUGUCUCUGCGUCUGACACGAAAUGCCCCGACGGCGUCAUGGGUCUGAACUUUCAGCCUGCGCGAGCGAUGACAGAAGAGGAGAUCUGGGAUGCAAUUGAUAGAUGGGCGUUUGGUGCUGAGGUCCUGUACAAAGCUGGCGCGGACGGGGCGCAGCUCCAUUCUGCUCAUGGCUACCUACUCUCCCAGUUCCUUUCGCCCCUGGUCAACAAGCGCACCGACCAGUGGGGCGGGUCCUUUGAGAACCGUUCCCGAAUUGUAUUCGAGAUUAUCAAGGCCAUCCGGAAUCGUGUACCGGAUGAAUCUUUCAUUAUCUCGAUAAAGAUCAAUAGCCAUGACUUCAUCGACGGAGGGUUCAGCCAGGAGGAGUGUGCGACGAUGGUGGAGAAGCUGGAGGAAGCCCGGGUGGAUCUGAUUGAGCUCAGUGGCGGGACGUACGAGAGCUUGGCGUUUGAGCAUAAGAAGGAGAGUACGAGAAGGAGGGAGGGCUUUUUCGUCGAGUUUGCUGACCGGAUUCGGCCGCACGUCAAGAAAUCCGUGCUUUGUGUUACUGGUGGGUUCAGAAACGCAGAGCCCAUGGCGGAGGCCGUCAAGCAGGAUACGUGCCAGAUUGUCGGCCUUGCGCGACCGCUGUGUGCAGAACCAGAUUUGCCGAAGAAGAUCUUGGAGGGGAAGAGCAAGGGUGCGGCCGAGAAUGCGGUGGAGAGUAGUCUGCAGACCCCUGCCGCGGUGAUUCAGAUACAUGCAAUGGCUGAGAAUAGGCCGAUUCCCGAUACCGCGAAGAAGGAAGUUGCUGAGGAAGUUACUGAGAUGAUUAUUGGGAAGAAACCCAUGCCACAUGCGGAGGGUGCCAAGUAUCCGCCCAUCUAGGUAUGUUUAGGUUUGGUACGGAGAAAUCUUAUGGGCACUCCUAUGCACACUGAUAGUAGACGUACAGAGAUGUAUAGAAUCUGUCGAAGUUGUAGUAUAGUACAACAUGUGGGUUAGAGGUUGAAGUAUAUUGGCAAAUAGCUUGGAGUACCGACUAC